CUACCUACUUACAUUCCUUCUCUUUCUGCUUCUUGUAUGUUUUCGUUCCUCUUCUAGCUACAGAGCCUUUAGAACAACGUACAGAAACGCAACAAUCAUUCAUGGCUGGUGGUGGUGGUCGUGAAGAGAGCAUUUCCAUUGACGACAUGACUCCACCAAGGCACCACCGCCGUGAUGAUCGUCAACUCCCAAUAACCUCCGCCGCCGCCAAGACCGCCACCAUGACGCCUUCCUCCUUCAUCUCCGACGCCAAAGCCAGCAUCCCACGGGGAUGGUUCGUCCCAGUCGACGACUCCCCAACUCACUUCCAGAAGGUUCUGGCUGAGGUGGUGGGGACAUACAUGCUGGUGUUCAUCGGGUGCGGUUCUGCCCUCAUCAACAGAGUGCAGCCGCUGGGGACCGUUGGGAUGGCCAUGGCGUGGGGGUUCGUGCUCAUGGCUGCCAUUUACGCGGUGGGCCAUAUCUCCGGCGCUCAUUUCAACCCCGCCGUCACCGUCGCCUUGGCCGCCAUCCGACGCUUCCGUUGGAAAGAAGUGCCAAUGUACGUGCUGGGUCAGCUACUGGGAGCAACGCUGGCGAGCCUGACCCUGAAAGUGCUGUUCCACAAACAACCCGACAUCAUCCCGAUAGCCACGCAGUACGCAGCCGCCACCACCGACCUCGAAGCUUUCCUCUGGGAGUUCAUCAUCACCUUCAUCCUCAUGUUCAGCAUCUGCGCCAACACAACCGAUCACCGCGCGAGCCCCGGGCUUGCCGGCUUCGCUAUAGGCUCCACGCUACUGGUGAACGCACUGGUUGCUGGACCGAUCACUGGGGCGUCGAUGAACCCUGCGAGGAGCAUAGGCCCCGCGGUGGCGUCGGGGGUGUACAAGAACCUGUGGCUCUACAUCUUGGCGCCUGUUCUCGGGGCAUUGUUUGCUGCCAUGGUCUACAGCGGACUUCGAGUACCCAAGCCAACAGCUGCUGCUGAUGACAAGGAUAUGACUACACAAGCUUGAUUAAUUAGAGCACUGGACCGCGUUUCAUAUAUAUAUAUAGUGUGUGUGUUAAAAACCAUACUCUCGAUGAAAAGCUGAGUUGAAGCAAAGCAAAAAGGAAGGUUUGGAUGGAUGAAAUCUCAACCAUACAUGGUGAAUUAAUUAAUGUGUACCACUAAUAAAGCAUCAUCAUCAUCGUCCAUGUAUAAGCUUUAAUUUUUAAUUUUGUUUUAUUAAGUGCUUUGAUUGUGUCCUUUAAUUUUUAAUUUUGUUUUAUUACAUGCUUGAUUGUUGUAUCCUGGUUUUAUACUUUUAUAUAUGUGUGCCACUCUGUAUUGGAAAUUAUAAUAGUAGUAUUUAAAAGAAUGGAUAUGAAUGGGAUGGGGAUAUGUUUGUAUUGUGUGUCUCUUAUGCUGCUCCUAGUACUCACAACACAAGUGUCGAUAGAACCCAUAUUGUAGAGUUGUUAAGUUUAUGUUUGGCAUUUUCUGAUAGUAACUUUGUAUUCGAAAAACUUAAUUCGGGUCAAGCAUGUAUUAUAUACAAAUAAGAUUUUAUUAAAUUAUGAAUGGUAUGGUAUAUAUCAUAAAAAAAACUCGAGUACUUAUUGGCAACACACUCUGUCAAUUGAGUUCUAAAUACAAAGGGAGACUAUUAAAAAGACUAGUUAAUAUUAAUUAUUAAUUUUAAUAUUAAUUAUUAAUUUUAAUAUAUAAAAGCUUAGGUUGUAAAUUACUAUUAAUUAGUGGCUCUCACACUCCUCCUUGCAAGUGGGGAAGUUCCAAGUUGUUUCUUUUACCCCACUCUCCAUUUUACAACUUUUGUGUUUAGCUAUUGUUCACUAGGUAUAUAUCUAUUUUACGUUGUGUUUCCCAUAACAAUUCUUCCCUACUAGGUUUUCAGCUAUUAUUCAAUGGUUUCACUGUUGCAACUAUUAUCUACUAUGUUUUCGUCUAUGGCUUUUUGCACUAAUCAUCGGCUUUGCCCGCCAUUUUACAGCCUAUCUCGAAACACUGUCGGCGGAAUCCUAAGUUGUUCCCCUCCACCGUUUCCCAAGACCGCUACCAUGAGUUUUGUAUCGAGACCGAGUUUCGUCCUUCUUAGUGUUUUUUUCUUUCUCUUUUUCCUUUUUGUUGAGCAUGAUCAUAAUUGAACCCAAACACAUGGGUAUCCUAAGUUGAACCCAAAUCGUCGCCUUUUUCCACCAUUUCGUAGCCCAGCUCGAAACACUGUUGGUAGAAUCUUGAGUUGUCCUCUUUCACCAUUUGUCACGGCCGCGACCUAAGAUCCAAACGUCGUGACCAAAGAUCCAUACUAGAUAUGUUAUGUCCAAUCCUUAACAUCGCUCACCAAUUCACAACCUUCUCAAAACACUGUUGGUGGAUCGAGCGCGAGACUUUCUCCUGCUCUUUCGAUGGAAACCCUAAUUUAGUUCUCUGUAAAACAAAUUGGGAAUGAGCAGAGUCUAACAAGACCGAUCGAAGAACAAUAGUGAUAAGAAAAUGAAUUGAACAGAUUAAUAAGAUAAAUGGGCCCAAAUCAAUGGCCUAGUAAGAUGGGCCUGAAAGGCACGACAUGCCCGCUGUUCUGCUCGUUGGCCGCUCCUUGUUUCUUCGAUCGGGUGGAUUCUCGACCAAACCAGUUCUUAGUCUGACUUCCCUGUUCGACUGAGAAACCUGCAAAACAGAGCUACCAACUACAAGAAACAAUCCUUGAGCAAAAACAAAGCGACACAACAAGAACCCAAGUUUUUACGUGGUAUCCGGUACUAUUUGAUUUAGUACCGACUAAUCCACGGCCGAAGGUUCUCAAUCGAGACCUCCGACGUUCCACUAUGAGCUUGACAACUAAUCCCUGUUUCACUCCCUGCAAACCUAAUCAAGAAUACCCGCUAUU